AUGAGUGUCGCAAGAUCCUCAGAGUGUGUCUUUUGCCUAUUUUCCCGACCUUCGCGCCCUGCUUCGAUCGCUCGCCGAAGAUUCCACUCCUCUCCCAUUCAUCAGAAGCGAAAGCCACGCUUUCCCAGCGUCAAAGCUGCCGUCAAUGAAAUAGAUCUGAACAAAGCCGGCAAGGAUCUUCUGAACCCAGAAGCGAACAAGGAUUAUACCUCCCAGAAUUACACGCCCGAGCAACUUGCCGCCAUCAAGGUAGCACAAAAACUUAUCGACCCUGAAAAGCUGUACCGUACGACGAGCAACCGGAAAGAUCCGUGGAGAGUCAAGUACUAUGAUGAUCUGGCAAAGAUAGACCCCGUCGUGGAUAAGCCAGUCCAACAUCCUUGGACAAAUCUCGAUGACAAUUCGCGGCUCAAAACCGAUGAAGAGUUUGAAGACGACCUGGUCAAGCUCAUGCACGAAAUCCCGAGCCCUCGUAAUGAGGACGACUUUGACACGGCACUUUGGGAUAAAUUCGACAAGAAUCUCAGACUGACUGUCGGAAAAGAGGAAGCCGAGAGGCAGCCUCGCACGGCAAUGGUUCCAGAUCUGCCAAACAUCUCUCCUCCACCUCCCAAAGGCAACCAGGCUCGUGGCAAGUUUGACCAGGAAUCGCCUGCGCUUGCUACUUUGAUGCACAUGACGGGCCUGGACAGACAAGCGCUCCUCCAACUCCGAGUCAAGUCGGUCGUUCAACGCACAGUCGCAAACCAGACACGUUUGGGAAAGAUCCGAAAAACCUAUUGGUUGUCCGUGGCUGGAAACGAACAGGGCAUGAUCGGCAUAGGAGAAGCCAAAGGCACGGAACCUGGAGAAGCGUUGAUCCAGAGCCAAUACCGGGCGAUUCGAAACAUGAAACCGAUCAUACGGUACGAAAAUCGGACGACGUAUGGAGAUCUGAGUGCCAAAGUUAGUGGAACGGAGUUGGAACUAUACGCGCGACCACCAGGAUUUGGUCUCCGCUGUCAAAAGUACAUCUGGGAAGUGUGCAAGGUCGCAGGUAUCCACGAUCUUGCUGCCCGCGUCACACGAUCGAGAAAUCCUAUGAACACCGUCAAGGCGACUGUGCAGGCACUGCUGGGCCAAAAACACCCUGAGGAUAUUGCACGAGCUCGGGGGAAGAAGCUGGUCGAUGUCCGCAAGGUGUAUUAUGCCGGACAACUAUAA